UGGUUGGGCUGCUGCGGGAGCGCGCCCGGACGUUUUCGUUGAUCUCGGUGUGACAGCUCAGAGCUGUCCACGUCAACACACCGAGCGAGCACGGCGGCAGCAGCAGCGAUGGACUCCGCGUCUCUGGAACCUUCCCUCUACACAGUGAAAGCCAUUUUCAUUCUUGACAAUGAUGGCAACAGACUUCUAUCAAAGUACUAUGACCCCGAACUCUACCCCUCCAUGAAGGAGCAGAAUAACUUCGAGAGGAACAUUUUCAACAAGACACACAAAGCAGACAAUGAGAUAGCAUUCCUGGAGGGGAUGACCAUUGUCUAUAAGUGCAGUAUAGAUCUCUUUUUCUACGUGGUGGGAAGUCCACAGGAGAAUGAGCUGAUGUUGAUGUCAGUACUAAACUGCUUGUUCGACUCCCUCAGCCAGAUCCUCAGGAAAAAUGUGGAGAGGAGGUGUUUACUAGAAAACAUGGAAGGAGCAUUCCUAGUCGUGGAUGAAAUCAUUGAUGGAGGGGUGAUUCUGGAGAGUGACCCCCAACAGGUUCUGCAGAAGGUCAGCUACAGGGCUGAUGAGAACCCAUUAUCUGAACAGAGUGUGGCCCAGCACAUAACAGAGAAACUGGCUCUGACCUCUAACGUUCUGCAGUCAGCCAAGGAGCAGAUCAAAUGGUCCAUACUGAAAUGACUUCAGCCAGAAAAUUUUAAGAUUAUUAGCAAAGGUUCCCAAAGCUAUUUUUAUAGGAAUAGACUAAAGGGACAGUUGUUACAGGCCUGUCAGAUAGUAGGCUAUAGCGAUUACCCGGUCAGCAAUAGGAUAUUGCUUGUGCAGUGACAUUGAGUUGCAUUGUGUUAGAUUAAUUUAUCUGGUUUGAGAGUUGCGUGAUCGGGUAGAAGUUGCAUUUACAUGAAACAGACCAGAUAUUCAAACAGGUUUUACAAAUGAAAUGUAAAGACUGAAGAGUUCAGCCGUGCUUCUGCACAAGACUGGCCAGUUACCAAAUACCAAACUAAUCAAUGAAAACACGUGAUCAGUUUUAUUACUUUUCUUUUGGUGGAGCAGGAUCUUCCACUUAUAUUUCCUCAACACAUGAUUGUAGGCUUUAUUCGGGCUGCUUUGCACAUUGGUGAUUUACACAGUUUUAUACACGAAAGUUUUGUUUUCCAUAAAAAUGCUACACGUUUGAAUAAUUUUGGAACAGUUGUUAUAAAAACUAUGCUGCAUCCUGUAAAAUGUUACUAUUUGUGUGUUUGUAUCGCCUUGUGAGUGAGUAGUUUAACUAAACAUUAUCAUCAGUAAAGCUAAGCUGGAAAAAAGAACUGACACAAACACUACUUCUGCACAUCUCUGCCAAUUCUGACAUUGUUCAUGCACUGAAUGUUGUAGUUUAAUAAAGUCUUUAUGUUCUGACUGUAUGUAGGUGCCUUAUAGGGAUUGCAAACUGAUGAGAAGUGUAGUAAUACUAUACGAUACUAAGCAAAUGUUACCAGUCUGUGUGAGAUAAUAUGAUACUGGCAAUGUGUGACUUGCUGUGACAUGAAGAUAAAUUAAUAGCUAUGUUGAUCUUUAUAAUCAAUGGGACCUCAAAGAAUAUGCAGGGUUUUGUGGCCAGAAUGGGAAAGCAUAGUGUCUACAUUAUUGGUACAGUGCGAGUUAAACAUGGUAAAUGAUAUUAAAUAUCUGUAAUCUGAAGAAAAAAAAAAAGAAAAAAGCCAAAGACAUACUAAUUAUUUUGUUUAUACUUAAAUGUUACUGAACCAAACUAAGUGUCAAUUUGUCUGUCUACCAUUUGUGAGACUUGCAGUAAAACUCUAUUUGAAGUCUG